AUGUCACCUUCUUCAACUCGGGAGAAGUCUCCCUCUGCGUCCCCUAAACGCCGAUCGUAUGCGGAAUACGCAUGUCUAAACAUCAGUCCAUCCUUCUUCUCCCUCAAUAUGGGCACCGGAAUCGCCUCCAUCCUCCUGUACACACUACCGUAUAAUGCGCCUUGGCUUAGACGUAUCGGCAUAGUCAUCUUCAUCCUCAACAUUGUCCUCUUUAUCCUUUUUGCGAUCCUGAACAUGAUCCGCUAUGUCCGUUGGAGAGGCCUCUUUACCGCUGUCAACUCGCACUCACAAGCUGGUAUGUCUUGGGGCUGCCUGCCAAUGGGCUUUGUGACGAUCAUUAAUAUGGUUGCCCUGGUCUGCGUACCUGCGUUUGGUCGUAAAUGGGCUCAUUUCGCCCUUGUUCUUUGGUGGAUAGAUGUGCUAGUGUCCAUCGCUGCUAAUUUCGGUAUGCUAUUCAUGAUGUUUACUCGACAAACGCAUACAACUAUCACUUCGGCUAUGUUGCUCCCUAUUGUCGCCUCCGUCGUCGCGGCGGCCUCAGGUGGUGUCGUCGCUCAGCACCUGAUGCCAUUUGAUCCUCAUCUCGCUCGAUCGACUCUGAUAUGUGCGUAUGUCAUCUGGGGAACAGGCGUUCCAGUAGCUAUGUUCAUGAUAACUUUGUGGAUCUACCGCUUGAUCAUGGAAGGCCUACCGCCUCAAAGCUCUCUACCUGGCUGCUUCCUUCCUUUGGGACCCUGCGGUCAAGGUUCCUACGGUAUCUUGAUCCUUGGUCGUGUGGCACGGGAUCUUGGCUACACAUACGGUAUUGCCAUGGCUCCCAAUGCGCCUGGCUCGACGCUCAAUAUCGCCGAUGCGAUAUAUGCUGGUGGAAUCGUCACUGGUCUGGUCCUAUGGGGUCUCGGACUAGUCUGGUAUACUCUCGGCAUGGCCAUCACUCUCGAUCAUGGGCUGAGAAAUCUCGGGUUCUUCAAACCCAAAUCAUUCACCAUCAGUUGGACAUCAUACACAUUCCCCAUAGGGGUAUGGGCGACGGCCACCACGACGCUGGCUCAAGAGCUGGACUCUCCAGCGUUCAGAGUGAUAGGCACUGUCGUCUCGCUCCAAGUCGUCUUUCAGUGGCUUUACGUCUUCCUUAUGACGUGUUACAAGGCUUGGAACGGAACAAUAUAUAAUGCUGUGGAAUUGGACAAAUGGGAGAGUAGGCAACCGCCAAUACGGUGGGCAAAGAAGGCUACAUGUCGUGGUAACCCAGAGGUAUGUAUUGCCUAG